ACACACAUACAUGCGGACUCACACACACACUCUGAAGGCUAGUGUGUGAGCCAGCCAGCCAGUCAGUCGGUGUGAGUGUGUGAGCCAUGUUGGAUGUGAAUGAACGGGAGGAGAGAUGCUGCUGCCGCGCCGCUCCUAACGCUCAGACCUCCAGCUCCACGGACCACAGCGGGUAGAUGCCAACUCUCCAGGCUGACAGAGAGACGGGGGAGCCUGGGGGAAGGUGUCGGGCGGUGCUGGCGGUCCUGGAACUGGCCACAUAGCCGGAACGAAGGACAGAGAGAAGUAACGGGGGAGAAGGGAAGGCACACUCGUGAGAGAGAAAGAGAGAAUAGGCAGAGGUGGAAGAGGGAGAAAGGAGGGGAGACACAGAGAAAGGAGAAGACUAAAUGGCUGCACCGCUACCGGGCUUUACCCCGCUCCUGCUCUCAUCUCUGGCACUCCACCUGCUUCUCCUCGGCCCUUUGUUCGCCUUCACCCCGGGGACGGUGAAUACAGGAGGAGUUUCCAACAGAUGGACCCCGGGCCUCUGCUAUCGAGACGCCGGUAAAGUGAGCCAGCAGCAACAGCAACACCAGUGCGAGGAGGCAAGGGAGUCGCCGAGGGGCAGCUGGAAUCUACGCCCAAGCAGGUGGACCGUGGAGCGGAUACAGAGAGAGGGAUGCUCGGGAGUGCAGCGCGCGGGAGAGACGCUGAGAGGAUAUCUGCGCGAUGGAGCGAAGGGGAGGCGGAAAGAAGGACCGAAAGGAGUCGGGACGUUUUGGAAGACUGCAGACGGCCCUCCGGCUCCAUCGCCACCUACUCUCCAACUCCACCCCGGUAUUAGGAGCAGGUUGAACUCCGAUGGCGUCGGUGGAGGAGAGAGAGUGGAAAGAGGAAGGCUGGGCAGAAAGGGCGUUGUUUCACCUCCCACUUCACCUGUUUCCACCCCCUCGCUGGUUCAAAACGGUAAAAAACGGGCAGUACAAAGGACUAGAGCGUGCGCGCAACGGUGGCCGGCGUCGCGACCACACCUCGCCAAACGUGGUGCCGCCGGAGCCUUUGUGCACGCCUCUGGCCUGAACGGGGCACCCGGAAGUGGAGGGAGGAGAGGGGGAGAGGUGUGGGAGAGGGCUCCUGAGGUGAAGAGACUGCUUGCUGCAUGGUGCUCCCCGACACACUGGCCGUGCCCCGACAAACCACCCCUCUCCGUGGCCAGCACUCCCUCACCUGGCCUCGUCCCAGCUGGUUUCUCUCACUGCAUUCAUUCUCUUUCUGGAUACAUUUUACCCCACGCUGAUGCUUCAAACACAUUCAAACCUACUUUUACCAACAAUUCAGACUGUGUCCGGGCAUCUCAAUUGGAUUGCGUGUGUAAUUUUCAUAACAUUCAGCAACAGCUAGUUUACAGGAACGGCAACAAGGCGAAGCGCUGGGAUGGCUCAGUCAGCGUGAACAGGAGGGCUGGCAAUUGUUCUCAUUUGGGCUGGCAUAAUGUUAUCGAUCCCAACAGGAGCAGGGAGAGGGGUGACGAUAGCGGUUUGACGGGGUGCAUUAGAGAGAAUGGGGGAGGGCCGAGAGGUGGGGGAGAUGAGGGGAGGGAAGCGUACAGGUGUAGCCCGCUGGAGGAGAUUAGCAAUCUAGGUUGUUGGUUACCUCCUCUCUGUGAAGCAAGGUCUAAGCGUGCCAGAGUUAUUCAUGAAAGGAAGGAAAGAGAGGUAAAUGAUGGGAGAGGGGGAGGGAUGAGCCACAGCAGCAAACACAUUCAUUUAUCUAAUUAUCCGGAUAAUGGUUUGGCUUUUCUGAUACUGAAGCUCUCGUGUAGUACUGAUAAUGAGCUUCAGCGGGGGAAAUCAGCACCAGGAACCGAGGGGCAGAGCAGUCAAACCCGGAGAGAGAGCAGGGCGGACAGUGUGGGUCCCAGUGGUGGCUCUGGUUGUUUAGACAGAGAAGAAAUGGGGGGUGGAUAUUUAGCUGAAUUUACGACACCCGAGAGAGGCAUAGCUCCGAGGAAGCGCCUCAUCCAAAUUGCCCUCAGCAGCAUUAUUUCAGAGACGCCCUGCCAGCAGUCCCCAUCCAACAAAACCACCGUCCCCCAAAACGCGUCAAAAUACUCUGAAUACUCUGGCUCUGAAGUUACUGAAACAGCGCCCACUCAAACAGAAACAGACGAGAGCUGGGAAAGUGGGAGACGAGUCACAGCGCUCAGUCUGUCUGCUGGAAAAGUGAGAGCAACUUCAGAGACACAGUCUGCCGGUGACUCAGGCUUUUCCUCGCCUGCUGAGUUUCCCGCUACAUCUCCCAGUCACUCUGAAGCAGCAGUGCAGCCUGCAGCAGAGUACCUGUCGCUCGUCUCUGCAGUUAACCUGACCACAUGGUCUGCGCGUUCGCUACACUCCCCCCGUGUAGAGCAGCUUUCAGCACGACGGACAGCUCCUCUAGACGCUGGGCGCGUGUUUUUGUGGAGCAAGUCCAACACUAAUAAUAAUAAUGAUAAUAAUAAUAAUAAUAAUAAUAAUAAUAAUAAUAAUAAUAAUAAUGAGGAAGAAGAGAGAGGCGGCGGGGGAAAUAGAUAUGAGUCUGAAAUAGAAAAUUCGCUGUGGCCUGGUCAAACGCAGUGGGAAAGCGCGCAGAGAGCGAUGGCUCACCCAGGAUGCUCUGGUAGCAUUUCCACUGACUGCUCAGCUACCGCGCGCGAGGACGGUGCACAUAUGCAAUUAAAACCCGGUAAGCAAGUGCCACUAGAGCCCGAAGGUGUCAAACAGGCAACGGGGCGGCAGAUGGGAGAUAAAGGAGAAAGGCAGAGGGAGGAAGAGGGCUUUGAGGGGUCCUCUGUUGCUGCUGCCUCUGUUUGGGGAGGAAAAUUUCAGGUGGGGGAGGGCCAGAGAGAGGCGCGGCUGAUGGGAGGGAGAGAAACAGGGGCAGAGGAGGAGGAGGAGUGGGAGAGGGGAAGGAGAAUAACAAAGGCAAGCCAGGCAGAGGAGAAUGAGGCAAAGGGAGAGAAGGGUCAGGACAGGGGCAGCAGCACCACCAUCACACAGCCAGAUAGCAAAAUAGGGAAGAAAGAAAGCCAGGGGGAUGAAAGCCACCAGGGAGGAGGCAGAGGGGAGGUGGAGGGGAAGGAAAAGAAAAAGCACAGCUCAAUGGGAGAGAGGAGCCUGGAACAACUGAUAAUCGUAGCAGAUGAUGAUACCUCACAGGGAGAGACUGAGAGAAAGAUUUUCAUGCCAUGGUCUCGCUCGAAACGUGCAGCCAAUAGGCAUCCCCAUUUCUCCCAGUACACCUACCAAGUACAUGUGGCUGAAAACCAGCCGCCUGGCACAUCAGUGAUCAUCAUGUCCGCCUCAGACCCAGAUGGAGGAGAUGCAGGCAAGCUGAGCUACACAAUGGCCCCGCUGAUGAACAGUCGAUCAUCCGACUACUUCCACAUUCACCCAGACACCGGCCUCAUCACCUCCACUCAGAUUCUUGACCGAGAGCAUAUGGACCUACAUUACUUCCGGGUCACGGCGACUGAUCAUGGCUCCCCUCGCCUCUCUGGCACCACAAUGGUGUCCAUCACUGUUUCAGACCGGAAUGAUCACUCUCCUAUAUUUGAGCAGUCAGAGUACAGGGAGACGAUUAGGGAGAAUGUGGAGGAAGGCUAUCCCAUACUACAGCUGAGAGCGACUGAUUCAGACUCCCCAUCCAAUGCCAAUAUUCGUUACCGGUUUGUUGGUGACUCAGCUACAAUGGCACGGGCGGCCUUUGAGAUUGACCCUCGCUCUGGCCUCAUUACAACCCGUGGGUCAGUGGACCGGGAAACGAAUGAACACUACACCCUGCAGGUGGAAGCCAGCGACCAGGGGAAAGAUCCGGGGCCGCGCUCUGCUACCGUUAAAGUUUUCAUCACCGUGCUGGAUGAAAAUGACAAUGUGCCACAGUUCAGUGAGAAACGCUAUGUGGUGGCAGUGAAGGAGAAUGUCAGGCCUCAUUCUGAAAUUCUCCGUGUCAGCGCCACAGACCGGGACAAAGAUAGUAAUGCUGUUGUUCACUACAACAUCAUCAGUGGCAACAGCCGUGGGCAGUUUUCCAUUGACAGCGUCACUGGUGAGAUCCAGGUGGUGGCACCACUAGACUAUGAGGCCGAACGAGAGUACACGCUCCGCGUUCGCGCACAGGACAACGGGCGGCCACCCCUUUCUAACAACACUGGGAUUGUCAGCGUCCAAGUGACAGACGUCAACGACAAUCCGCCCAUCUUUGUCUCCACACCAUUUCAGGCAUCAGUGCUUGAGAGCGCCCCGAUUGGUAGUUCAAUCCUCCACAUCCAGGCCAUUGAUACAGAUUCUGGUGACAAUGCUCGUCUGGAGUACAGGCUAACUGGCACAAGCUCUGACACCCCAUUUGUUAUCAAUGCCGCAACAGGCUGGGUCACCGUCAAGUCUAUUCUUGACAGAGAAUCUGUGGAGCACUACUUUUUUGGCGUGGAGGCCAGGGAUUAUGGCAUGCCCCCUCUUUCCGCUACAGCCAGUGUGACUAUAACAGUGAUGGAUGUUAAUGACAACCGCCCUGAGUUCCUCCAAAAGGAGUACUAUGUCAGACUGAACGAGGACGCAGCGGUUGGCACCAGCGUAGUGACUGUCACAGCUGUGGAUCGUGACGUCAACAGUGCCGUGACCUACCAGAUAACAGGAGGAAACACCAGAAACCGCUUUGCUAUCAGCACGGCGGGAGGGGGUGGGCUUCUCUCUCUAGCUCUCCCACUGGACUACAAACAGGAGCGGCGCUACGUUCUCACUGUCACUGCCUCAGACAGAACCCUCCACGACACCUGUCAGGUGCACGUCAACAUCACAGACGCCAACACACACCGCCCUGUUUUCCAAAGCGCCCAUUACUCUGUUAGUGUGAACGAGGACCAGCCACCUGGAAGCACCAUAGUCGUGAUCAGUGCCACAGACGACGAUGUUGGCGAGAAUGCUCGAAUCACGUACUUCCUCGAGGACAAUAUCCCACAAUUUCGCAUCGACCCAGCAACAGGAGCCAUAACGCUCCAGGCAGAGCUUGACUAUGAAGACCAGAUGACCUACACAUUGGCUAUAACAGCCAAAGACAACGGCAUACCGCAGAAAUCAGACACGACAUACGUUGAGGUGAAUGUUAAUGAUGUCAAUGACAACGCUCCUCAGUUCCUCAGUCCCAGGUAUCAGGGAACAGUGAGUGAAGAUGCCCCUUCCUACACCAGUAUUCUCCAAAUCUCAGCCACCGAUCGGGAUGCACACGCCAACGGUCGUGUUCAAUACACCUUCCAAAACGGUGAGGAUGGGGGUGGAGACUUUACCAUUGAACCAAAAUCCGGGAUCGUCCGAAAUAGCAGACGUUUGGAUCGCGAGAACGUGCCAUUCUAUGAGCUCACUGCCUACGCUGUUGAUCGCGGUGUACCCUCUCAGCAAACUCCUGUCCACAUCCAGGUGACAGUCCUCGAUGUGAAUGACAACGCCCCUGUUUUCCCCGCUGAUGACUUUGAGGUUUUAGUAAAAGAAAACAGUGCUGUGGGUUCUGUGGUGGCACAGAUAACAGCCACCGACCCUGAUGAGGGUGCCAAUGCUCAGAUCAUGUACCAAAUUGUAGAGGGCAACAUCCCAGAGAUCUUCCAGAUGGACAUCUUUUCAGGAGAGCUCACUUCCUCUUCUAUCCGUUCACCUAACUGGCUGCCCUCUGCUAUCUUCUUCAACUCUUCAGAUGGCGUCCACAGCAUUUCGGCUCAGUGUGUUCUCCGCGUCCUCAUUAUCACAGAGGACAUGUUGGGCAGCAGUGUCACUGUCCGCCUUCAGAACAUGUCCCAGGAGCACUUCCUGUCACCACUGCUGGGAACCUUCUUGGAAGGUGUGUCCGCUGUUCUCUCAGUUCCUGUUGAGGAUGUUUUCAUCUUCAACAUUCAACCGGAUCUGGAUGCGGCACCCGGAGGAAUCCUGAAUGUCAGCUUCUCUGCCGCGUUGCCGGGCGGACAUUUCUUUCCCUCUGAGGCCCUGGAGGAGCAGCUGUACCUGAACAGGCCGAGGCUGACGUCACUGACACAGAUGGAGGUCCUCCCGUUUGAUGACAACGUGUGCUUGCGGGAGCCUUGCCAGAACUACAUGAAGUGCAUCUCAGUGCUGCGUUUCAACAGCUCUGCCCCCUUCAUCUCCUCACCCUCCAUCUUGUUCCGGCCCAUCCACCCCAUCGCAGGACUACGCUGCCGCUGCCCAGUGGGAUUCACGGGUGAUUACUGUGAGACAGAGAUCAACCUGUGCUACUCCAACCCCUGUCUGAACGGAGGGGUGUGUGCCCGCAGAGAGGGAGGGUACACCUGUAUCUGCCGCGAAGACUACACCGGUGAUCGUUGUGAGUUUGACCACCGGCAGGGCAGGUGCAUGCCAGGUGUGUGUCGUAACGGAGGGACAUGCCGGGAGCUUUCGGGUGGGGGUUUCCGAUGUGAGUGCCCGCCAGGAGCCUAUGAGCGACCGUACUGCACCGUCACCGCCCGGUCCUUCCCGCCCAAGUCCUUUGUCAUGUUCCGGGGGCUCAGACAGAGAUUUCACCUCUCCAUCUCAUUAACAUUUGCCACUCUGGAGAACAGUGGUCUUCUCUUCUAUAAUGGACGCUUUAACGAGAAACAUGACUUCAUUGCCUUAGAGAUCCAAGAAGGACAAGUGGUGUUCAAAUACUCCACAGGUGAGUCAUCCACCCAGGUGAGUCCCUUCCUGCCAGGGGGUGUGAGCGAUGGUAACUGGCAUACAGUUCACAUCCACUACUACAACAAGCCUGCUACACGUUAUCCCAAGCGCAGUAUGAGUGGUGAGGCUCAGGGUCCGUCAGAUGAGAAGAUUGCUGUGGUGAGCGUCGAUGACUGUGAUACAGCCUUGUCACUUCGCUUUGGUACGCAGCUUGGAAAUUACAGCUGUGCUGCACAGGGCAAACAAACCAGCAGUAAGAAGUCUCUGGACUUGACUGGUCCAUUAUUUCUGGGUGGAGUCCCUAAUGUGCCAGACAACUUUCCCUUUGGCACCAGGGAGUUUAUCGGUUGCAUGAAAGAGCUGCACAUCGAUAGCAAACCGCUGGACAUGGCUGGAUUUAUCGCCAAUAAUGGAACGCUUCCUGGCUGCAGUGCCAAAUAUCCCUUCUGUAAGUCCAAUCCGUGUCAGAACGGAGGAACCUGCAGGGUGAGCUGGGAGACUUUCUCCUGUGACUGUCCCCUAGGAUACGGUGGGAAGGACUGCAGCCACGUGAUGACACACGUACACCGCUUUCUGGGUAACAGCGCCCUCUGGUGGGACCUGAAGAAUGACGUAACCAUCUCCGCACCCUGGUACCUCGGCCUGGUGUUCAGAACCAGAGCCCGUGAAGGGACUUUGCUGCAGGCCCAGGCUGGCCAGUAUAUCAGCCUGGUGUUCCAGGUAAUUAAUGGUCAGCUGGUCUUUUCGGUGACCCGCGGCUCAACCAGACCGGUGCGUUUGCGGUUGGAUCAGGUUCAAGUGGCAGACGGCCGGUGGCACGACCUCCAGCUGGAGCUGCGAGACGUUCGCAGUGGCCGCGAGACUCGCUAUGUCGCCACACUGCGGCUGGACUUUGGACUCUAUCAGGGAACAGUGAUAGUGGGAAAUGAGAUUCAUGGUUUGAAGGUGAAACAUCUGCAUGUUGGAGGAGUGCUGGGAUCUGGGGAGGUUCAGAACGGGAUAAGAGGAUGCAUACAGGGCGUUCGAUUGGGCGUGAGACCGGACGCCCCCGCUCUGCCCCGCCCCUCUAGAGCUGUCAAAGUGGAAACUGGCUGCAGUGUCGGUAAUCCCUGCCUCUCGUCUCCCUGUCCAGCUCAUAGCCGUUGUUCCGACCAAUGGGAGAGGCACACCUGUCUAUGUGAACCCGGUUAUUAUGGGAAAAGCUGCACUGACGCCUGUCAUCUAAAUCCAUGUGAGAAUGAGGCUCACUGCCACAGGAAGCCCAGCUCUUCCCAUGGAUACAUUUGUGACUGCGGAGACAACCACUACGGGCAAUACUGCCAGCACAGGAUUGAUCAUCAGUGUCCCAGGGGUUGGUGGGGAUCUCCAACCUGUGGACCGUGCCACUGUGACACCAAUAAAGGCUUCGAUCCUGACUGUAAUAAGACCAGCGGACAGUGUCAGUGCAAGGAGUUCCACUUCCGUCCGCGAAACUCGGACACCUGCCUGCCGUGCGACUGCUACCCUGUGGGGUCCUUCUCGCGGGCAUGCGACCCAGAGUCAGGACAGUGUCAGUGCAGGCCUGGCGUAAUUGGUCGCCAGUGCAACUCAUGCGACAACCCUUUUGCAGAGGUCACAAACUCAGGCUGUGAAGUCAUUUAUGAUGGUUGUCCAAAGACCAUUACUCAGGGGAUCUGGUGGCCACGUACCAAGUUCAACCUGCCUGCCGCUGUGCCCUGCCCCAAAGGCUCUGUCGGUGCAGCCAUUAGACACUGUGAUGCGGAGAGAGGCUGGUUGGAGCCGGACCUUUGCAACUGCACUUCACCUCCGUUUGUGGAGCUCAGUGCUGCUCUCGAUUCCCUGGAGCGCAACGAGACAGAGCUGAACACCAUCAUGGAGAAGAAGCUUGCCCACCAGCUCCGUGAUGUAACCGAGGCUACCACCCGGCUCUAUGGCAAUGACCUGCAGAUAGCUGAGCGGCUGCUGUCACGCCUACUUACAUUUGAGACCCAGCAGAGUGGCUUCGGACUUACCGCCACCCAGGACGCGUACUUCAACGAGAACGUCCUGCGAGGCUGCAGUGUGCUGUUGGGUCCGAGCACCUCUGGGCUUUGGCGUGCUCUCGCUCAGAGUCAGAACCACAUCCCAGGCGGCGGUCCGGGAGCGCUGACGGAGCUACUGGAGCAGUACGCCAAGAAUCUGGCUCAGAACAUGAAACUCACCUACCUCAACCCGGUGGCGCUGGUUGCUCCCAACAUUGUUAUGAACCUGGACCGCAUGGAGAACCACACCCAUGUGCGGAGGCGUUUCCCACGCUACCACACCACCCCGUUUCGUGGUCAGGCUUUUUGGGAUCCCUAUACUCAUGUGAUACUGCCCCCUGCUGCCCUGGUGCCACAACGGCAGCGGCUGCAUAACUGGAAGGAGAAGGAGAGGACGGAAAAAGAACUUUCAGCCUCAGAUCCUCAAAACACCGCUUCGGCGCCUGUCAGUAUCUCGGCCAAUCAGACAGGAGAAUACACUGCGGCAAAACAUACUGCUGCGUUGCCUGAGCCGCCCAUAACCAUCGUGAUCCUGCUCAUUUACCGAAGUCUGGGUGCUGCCCUUCCUCCCAAGUACCACACAGACAGACGAGGAGUGAGGCUUCCCAGACAUCCAGUAAUGAACUCCCCGGUGGUCACUAUCUCUGUCUACAACAACCAGACGUUUGUGGGCGGACAUUUAGAGCAACCCAUCUUACUGGAGUUCAAGCUGCUAGAGACGGCCAAUCGCAGCAAGCCUCUGUGUGUACAAUGGAACCACAGCAGCCCGUAUGAGAUGGGAGGUUGCUGGACGGUGAGAGACUGUAUGGUGGUGUACAGAAACACGUCUCAUGUGCGCUGUCAGUGCCAGAGACUGGGCACCUUUGGCGUGCUGAUGGACAGUUCGCAGAGAGAGCAGUUGGAGGGCGACCUGGAGACCCUGGCCCUGGUCACAUACUCUUCUUUGUGCGUCUCCAUGCUGGCGCUGCUCCUCACUGUCCUGGUGCUCUCCUGUCUCCGGGGCCUGAAGUCUAACACCAGGAGCAUCCAUUCAAACACAGCGGCAGCCAUGUUAUUAUCAGAGCUGGUGUUUUUGCUUGGGGUCAAUCAGACUGAACAACAGUUCCUGUGUACGGUCGUCGCCAUCCUGUUGCAUUACUUCUUCAUGUCCACGUUCGCCUGGAUGUUCGUGGAAGGUCUUCAUAUCUACCGAAUGCAAACAGAACAACGCAACAUCAACUAUGGAGCCAUGAGAUUCUAUUACGCCAUUGGCUGGGGCGUUCCCGCCAUUAUCACAGGCCUGGCGGUAGGUUUGGACCCAGAGGGUUAUGGAAACCCAGACUUCUGUUGGAUAUCCAUCUAUGACAAACUAAUCUGGAGCUUCGCUGGUCCCAUCGGCAUCGUCAUACUGUUGAAUGGGGGCAUUUUCACCAUUGUAGCCAAGAUGUCGUGUAACCCAUCUCAGAAAGAGACCAAGAAACUUCCUGUCAUCGCCACUAUCUGUAAUGCCUUCUUGCUGUUGCUGGUGGCCACCUCCACCUGGCUGUGUGGUCUGAUGGCUGUAAAUAACAGCAUACUGGCUUUCUACUACAUAUUUGAUGUCCUCUGCCUAGUACAGGGUCUGUCAGUGAUGCUAGUCUUCACCGUGUUCAACUCAGAAGUUCAGGAGGCAUGGAGAGUCGCCUGUUUGGGUAAAAAGAGUCCUGGAGAAGAUCCCCCAAGACCACCGCAGAGCACAGCACAGAACCCCUAUCACAACGCUUCACUGUUGGAGCAGAGCGGGCUGCACCGCAUCACACUGGGAACCUCCACAAUCUCCUCCGUCAGCUCUGCCAGAGAAAACCUUUUGGCUCGUCAGACUCUGGAGCAAAACAUCGUCCACACUGGUGCAACCGACCUGGAUGUAGCCAUGUUCCACAGAGACGGGGGUGAAGAUUCCGACUCAGACUCGGAUCUCUCUAUGGAGGAAGAGCGCAGUCUCUCCAUUCCUUCUUCGGAAAGCGAGGACAACGUCCGUCUCCGUGGCCGCAUCCAGCGGCGAUUCAAGCGCUCCAAUCACGGCGAGCGCCUGCUCACAGAGCCCGCCAACAACGGCACCAAAGGAAUCCUCAAGAACCGUCUUGGCUGUCCUCCCGCACUCCAGGGUCUUUCCAGUAUGGGCCGGGUCCCCAGUGAGCUCAACUGGUACCGAACCUCUACUCUUGGCCACCGAGGUGUUCCUGCUGCCUCCUACGGUCGUAUGUACUCUGCCACAGCUGGUGCCACUGGAGGCUCCGGCUCUCUCUCCCAGCCAGCUUCCCGCUACUCCUCUAGGGAGCACCUGGACUCGCUUGCACGGAGGCAGCUGUCCAGGGAUCCACUCGGGAGGCAGACGGUCGGAGGAUCAAGAGACCGGUUGGACUGCCGAGGCUCCAGGGACAACCUGGAUCUCUUACCCAGGAGGAGAGAGCUGGGGCUGGGGCAGGGGUCAAUGUUAGGGACCCUGGAUCACCAGCGAGUCUCAUUAUCCAGGGAGAACUUGACAGGAUCCAGGGACAGACUAGACAACCACCAUGCUACUGGCUUCCACGGAUCGAGGGAGGAUGUGAGUGGAAACGGAGGGGCUGUCAGUGCCGGGAUUGAGGGAUACCUCGGCGGAUCAAGGUUGCAGCUGAGCUCGCUGACUCGGCGACAGGCCUCAUCCCGGGAGCACCUCGAAGAAGCUCUCGUGAGCAGUAGAUCAAGGGAGCAACUUGACACCAAUGGAAUGGGAGCCCAGGCCCAGCCGUGUCGGGAGUGGCUCCGCACUCUGCCACCCCGCCAGCCUUCACACCCUGACCAGCCGCCCUCCUCUUCUCCUCCUCCCCCGAUAUCUGAGGAGCCUCAGCAGGAGCACCUACCUCCUUCAGCUCACGCCAGAGGACGACUGGACUCAGCUUCAUGUAGGUUUCCUGGUCAGGUCGCCCCCCAGGUCGCAGGUUCAAAUCCAAACCCCUUGGGUCGACAACCGUCCAGUGAACACCUGGAUAUUCUUUCCUCCAUUUUAGCAUCCUUCAAUUCCUCUGUCCUCACUCCUCCCCCUGCUGCCCCAAACACUGGUCCAAACGGCUCCGUCCACGGACCCUCCCCAUCCCCGUCCCAGUCUGCCACCUCCCAUAGCAUAUCUGAAGUCUCCCCUGACUCGGAAGCCAACAGAAGUGAGGGACAGUCUUGAUGACAACCUCCGCAUCCCUUAAUGCAUUGCUACAGUGCUGGGGUCACAUUGGACAUGUUCAAAGGUCGCGGAUGGACCUGAAGCACCGGGACAACCUGGAACAUUCGAGGACAGGGAAACAAAACCGAGACAGAGGAAACGCAGAGACACAAAGACGGACAAAACAUCCAAUGAUAACACAGAUUCAAGAGAAAGUCAGUGGGCGGCGUGUACUGUGUAAAGAGUUUUCGAGUGUCACCGCCUACGGCGAACGACGAUGUUUCUGUGGACGAUGAGUCAACCACCUCUACUACCUACAAACUCUUAAAGGCAAAAACACAAACUCCUCAGAUUUCAAACAAACGAGAUCCGUCAAAAUGAAAAAAAAAAAAGAAACUGUAAAUAACAUUUUUAUACAUUUUGUAUCUUUUUCAUUGGAGAUGAAGAAGAAAUCUCUUGUGAUGUUUCUUUUUUUUUUUUUUAAAUGACUGUGCUCAUGUGAGGUUGUGAGUGAGGUUGGUGUGAGUGCAGUCUUGGUCGUUGCUGAGGGGGGGGGGAUCCCCCUCCCCACAAAAAGAAAAAAAAAAACCAAAUUUCUCCCUAAAAAAGGUUUUCCCUAGAAACAUUUCCUCACACGCAUCAACUUUAUGUAUAGCGACAGGGGUCUGGCAAUAGAAUCGAAUGAGAUUAUCAAAACCGCGAGAUGUGGUUGGAGGGAAAAUAUCGAAGCAGGAGGAGGAAGUGAUUGUAAAUAGAAGGAGGAGUUAUUUUAAGAGAUUUGAUGGAGCGAGAUGAUUGUGCAGAGAAAAAGACUGAAGGUUUAAAGUUGGCGGCUCAACAGUUAAAAAGCUCAGUCACAAGUGUCAAUGCAUCAGCUCUGUGCUGUAUAUGAAUGUGACCUUGUCAUCUAUCUGUGUAUCUUCAUGCCUGGUGCUAUCUGAACCAGACCAUAUCAGACGGCUGAUAUUACAAGACCAUAUCUGUAGCGUUCUGGAGACCUGGUGGGUGAAGGUUGAUAUCUCUGUCUGCCUCUCUGGAUGAGGAUGUAUCGCGUAACAACCGUUUAAAUCCCCUCAAAGUUUUGUGCACUUUGAUGCCUGCCUCGAGGGACGACACAGGAGCAGCCGAACCUCAAGACCAUUCGUAAAAGCUUCUCCGCAAAACUAAACCAAAGGGACUUAAAAUCUGUAUGAAACCCUGAUAUUCUUCUGUUUCCUCUGAUGGAAAUGAUUUGUGCAGGGCGCGUUGUAGCUCGGUUUUGUUAAAUCAUGAUCUUUUUCAGUAAGAAGUCUCAAAUGAAAAGCUGUUUCUCUUCACGAGGCCGCGAUCAGCGCUACUACAUAACCCGCAUAACUGUUUGGCAUUUUAUUUUACCCGCGUAGUACAUAAGCAAGCGGAUUUUCAUGUGGGAAGGGAGCGGAUAAGACUCAUCGUAACACACUCAGAUAUUUGUUCGAAGACAUGAAAGCAGCCCUGUGGUAUGUUCACAGCAUGGUGCCAAUCUGAAUAUUUAAAUUGCUCCUUUAUAUUUGAGAAAUUCAACAGAAAAGAAGCUCAUGCUUCAGAAACAAUCCAACACGAGCCCACAAAAAAAACAUGAAAAUUGAUUUUUAUUUAUUUAGAUUCUCAUUUAGAUGGUUUCACAAAAAACGAGUUAUCUUUCAAGAUCCGUCUUCUGCGGCAGAUUGCAGAGGGGUGAGGAGAUGUCAGCUGUGUCAGCGCUAAAAGCCUCUAAGUGGUUUCGAGAUGCAGGUCUUUCCAUCAGCAGCUGCAUCUUUCUCGCAGCUGUCGGAGGAAGCCCAGAGUUCAGCCCUUAAGGUAACAACACAUGGGCGUUUUCAGGAGUGGAGACGGGGACAGGGAGGCUUUUUUCUAUAGAAAACUACAGUGGGUUGUAAAAACUGAAGGAAAAUGGGAGUUCUGUGUUGCCAACAUGUGUUGUCUGUGUCUUUGAGCAGAAAACAGCCAAAAGCCAAUGCAAAAAGUAAUAAAUAAAAAAAUAAGGCUAAGAUAUUGCAUAACGGGAAAGAUUUUUUUUAAAAGAUACCAAAUCAGGCAAGGUUGCAAGAAGAACAAAUUGGGUCAGGAAACAUGACUGCAGAAAUGUAGCCGCAGGGAGGAAGGCGUGGAUGUUACUCAUCACAGGGAGACAGAGAAAAAAAAGACACGUGGAUGGAAACGCUCGAAGUGGAAAUAAACACACACCUUACAAAUAAGUGCAUAUCUGCCUGCUCUGACCGCUGCUCUGCCGGUCCCGUGUCCCUGAGACGUGACAAGCACAACCUAUUUGCGACAGUAUUAUUGCCAAAAAAGUCCCGAGUGCAGCGCAACACCACCCACCGGUCUGUUAGCCUGACAAAUCCUAUUUUCUUCUCCAUCUAUAUUUUUCUUCAGCUGAUCUUCAACUUUGAAAGACAUGAGAUUUACUUUAUUUAUUGAUAAUUUAUUGACACUGUAUUGGUUAUUUAUUUUCGCCAUCUGAAUGAGAGGAUGUUGAGGAAGCGUGUGUGUGUGUGUGUGUGCAAAUGUUCUUGUUGUCAUAUGUAACAUUUCCUGUCAUCUGACUCUCACGGCUACAAAUCCACAGAUGAAAGGCAAGAAAAGAAUCCGAACUUACACCUGGAAUUCAAAUCGGAAGAGUUUAGUCAGUAUUCAAACUGGAUCUGUUGUCUAAUCUUAACUGUUAAUCUAUCCAAUUAAUGUGCUGAAAUAACAGAGGACUCUUAACUACAGGUUUAACAGUAGUUCGGACCAAUCCGAGCCACAGAAGCGAGGGCAUACAAACAAACAAGCAAAAACCAACAACAACAACAAAAGAUGAUUAGAGACAAAAAGAGAGGAACAUAGAGAGGUGGAGAGAUGAUGGGCGGUUGUAUUUGUUAGCUUGUGUGUUCAUUAUUGGAUGCCUUCUAUCUUGCCGUCUGGAUGGAAACAGCUGUUCCCCUGUUACCGCGGAAACAAGAGAAAUGUUGGACAUUAAAAAAGAAAAAAAAUGACUUAUUCCUACAAG